CGGAGAAGUUAAAAAAAGAAAUAUUCUCUAAAUAGAGACUUUGUUUGCAUCUGAGUUGUACUUAUGAAAAGCCUUUUAUGAGACGGGAUCGUUUGUUUCUCUAGAAUAAUUCUCUCUCAAGCAGAUGAACACAUAUCAACUUAUUCCACCAACGUCCAUCGUCUUCUGUAGCCAGAUUCCAGUAAUCACAGCCAAGUCAACAUCAUCUCCGGGAGCUACGGACUAGACCUCAUCUCAACCUCCUUUAACCGAAGAGGCGGACGUCAUUUGUUGAAAUUAUUCCCCUUCUCAUACCUCCUUUGUGCCUUAUGGGGGACACCUGUGGCUUUAGGCUGCAUACAAACUCAUGAUUCAAGCACCCAUCUCUCACUCUCGCAGGUAUUCGGUUCCGUUUGUUCAAAAAGGCUUAAACAGCGCAAAGUUCCGAAACAACGAGAUUAGUUAGAUGAUGAAGAAAAGACUUUGGCAGGAGAUCUCACUCUAGUAUACUCAUCUUGACGUUCAAUAACGAACACACCACUCACUCACUCUAUACUUUUUACGAGGGUCUUGGGUUGAUACAGGGUAACCAACUGGCGUGGGGCGUUGGUCUUGGUCUCAAUUGAGUCGAGCUGUGAACAUGCCUUACUUAGCCUUACCAAACCAUCUUCAACUCUUAUCUGAAGGCUUCAAUAAGAUGCGCUCAAAUCAUUGAAAAAAAUGGAAUGAGAUGCAUCGCCUAGAAUAAGGACACCAUUUAUUACAUAUAUAUAUACCCCGGCAAAUGGUCAGAGUCAAUAUCAACAUCUCUGUUCAAUACCAGAUAAUGACCCCAAGUUCAUUAUGAUUCAAGGCAUCUUUUACGCCAGAUUCUUCCCCCAAGAGGGCCCCAAGAUUGUCGCACAGUCUCCCGCAGGCUGCAUAACCGCCGUCGAAGGCUCAACCAAACCCCCUCUCAUCGACUUCGACGUACUCCAUGAGUACAUCAUUCCUAGACAAGCCUUCUGCAACCGCUAUCUCACUAUCAACACGCCAGAUGGGAAGUACACCGUACUAGGAUACCCGGUUGUUAUUCCUCACACCAAGUAUCUUCGAAAUGAGUUCAUCUUCAACUUCGGCCUCGUGCUCGACUGUGAUGUUGACCAUGUUCCUUAUGAGCGCGUCGUUCGUGGUCUAGCCUCGACCUUUUCUGAGAUGGAAAAACAGAAUGAGUAUUUGAGUCAAAAUGCAGAGACAAAAGGCUCUGGGAGGAGACCGAUUGAUAGUUUGCUUGAGAUCGUCAAGGAGGAUUUGGACAAUUACGGAGAGUGCAUGAUUCCAGUUGACGAGGCAAACACUAUCAACAUGAAGCUCUUCCCUCACCACAUGGAUCCCCCUCGAGUUCGAGGCUGGCAUGUCCCUGUCCCAAAGGCCAAAUUCUCUGACAUUAUGGAUCCGACCUGGGAUCUCACCCUCCAGAAAGUCAUAUCUCACAUCGACGGUGUUUCUGAUGUUCGACGUAUCGCUCACGCUGCUUCUGUCUCUCUUGAGUUAGCAAAAACCGCGCUCCGCCAUCUCCUCUACUACGACACUAUUCUACUUCUUGACAUGUUCUUUUUCACGGCAUGCUACGCUCCACGGCCUGGGAUCCACGACUUUAUCCGAAAUGUUGACGGGAUGGUCGAUGAAUGUGCUGCAUAUGUAUCACACGGACGCGGCCUCGUGAGCAACUAUCAUCUUAUCAAACUCAUGUCCACCUUUGCCCCAGGAAAAUCCGUCAUGGAAUGGCUCAAGGGGCAUCAAGACACAGGUUUCGAAGUCCUUCGCUUUGUUGACGUUCGUAGAUUCGUCCAGUUCGGCGUCAUAAAGGGUUGCAUAUACCGCGUUCACAAAUUCGUCGUCUCUAAACAAUACCUUGCCGCCUUAGCAUCUGGCCAAAGUCGCCCUGUCCCAGGAGGAGAUCCACUGCAGAAGUAUACAGAUGGCUGUCACCACUUUGACCAAAUCAUCACAGAGCAGAACAUGACGGACAGUGAAAUUAUGGAGAAACUCAAGAAGUUGCCGGUUCCAAAGGGGGACUUGGCAGUCUUUUAUAGAUAGACCCAGUUUCAAACUUCUAUACCCAUCAUUUAACAUUUUACAUCAUAUCUAUGGUAUCAUGGAGGUUACAAUAUACUACAGUGCUAUGUUACACGGCAAACAUAUGCCGACUUUGUACAGGCAGCCCCUCAUUUGCUUCUCCUAUCCCAUGACAGUUGAGCCCGCCUCUCACGCACAUCGUGCUUAUUGGGCAGCUCAAUAUCCGAGUUAUUGGCAACCCUCAAUUGGUUUUUCUUCCUCGAGGCAAUUUCAGUAAGCUCCCUGUCUGAUAUUGGUCUACCCUUCGCCUCAGCGUCUUUCUUCAACUCCUCCUUCAUUCUGCGCAGGAGACCGGUACCGGGCUGGCCAGGGUAGAUCUGGCCGCUCUUCUUCCACUCCUCAUCGCUGAUGAGCUCGACGAUUCGGACGUUGUGCUUGCCCUUGCGCAUGAUGAGCAUGCGGUCGUCGAUGAGGAACUUGGAAGUCUCCUCGGGGAACCAAGCCUUCAUGGGAGUCCAGGACAGAUUGCCAGGGACGAGUCCCCUCUUCUGACCAGGCUGCGCGGCGAUAUAGGCGCCUUGUGCAGAGAGCAGACGCUGACCCUCACUGCUGCUGGAUGCGAGACCGACAGCGUGGAGAAUCUUUGCUGGUGAGGAGUUCAUGAUGGAGCGAGGGAGUUUGAUAUCGCUUCUUGGGGCAUUGUUGGGAGUGACGAUGCCAGUGUCUGGAGUAGGCUCACUAACAAUACCCUUAGGUAGCUUGGUACCAAAUCGAAACUCGUGUUGCAUGGCCUCCUCAACAGCCUUCUGAGCUCCGUGAAUAAGUGAAACAACUUCAAACGCCAGGGUGUGCU